AAAGGAGCUUUACGAUUCGCGCGCUCGCACGUGGGAGGCGAGAUGGUAAGCGUGCUCCGAUCGCGAGGGCUUCUUCUCGCAGCACCGAGGGAAUCGCUUCUUCGUCCCGCUUUUCGCAAAGCGCUUCCUCCUCCUCCUCCUCCUCCUCCUCCUCUUCAUCAUCAACACCACGAUCUCCUCCUCCUCCUCCUCCGCCGCAACCUCUCCUGCGCGAGGUCGCCACCAAUGGAGGCGGCGGAGCCCUACAUCUUCGGCCCCUACAAGAUCGAUCCCAUGGAGGUGUUCUACUCCACUCCCCUCUCCUACGCCAUGGUCAACCUCAGACCUGUUCUUCCUGGUCAUGUUCUUGUGUGCUCACGACGUGAAGUGAAGCGCUUUAUUGAUCUUACUACUGACGAGACUAACGAUUUAUGGCUUACUGCAAAAGAAGUUGGUCGCCGGCUUGAGGAUUAUCACAAAGCUUCUUCACUUACCUUUACAAUUCAAGAUGGACCCCAAGCAGGACAGACGGUUCCUCAUGUGCACAUUCACAUUCUCCCCCGUAGGAUGGGAGAUUUUGAGAAGAACGAUGAAAUUUAUGAUGCAAUAGACGAGAAAGAGAAGGAAUUAAAGGAGAAGCUUGAUCUCGACAAAGAAAGGAAAGAUCGAACAAAGGGUGAAAUGGCUCACGAAGCCAGUGAAUACCGCGCUCUUUUCUCUUAGUCAGAUUUUCAGCCGCCAUCUGCAAUGCGGGAUGCUUUUAGUUCCGCGCUGCAUCGCUUGAAUAUGUCAUCUUGUUCGUAAGGUGAAGGCAACUCUUUGGGAAGCCUCUUCAAGGAGGAGAUAGGAGGACUUUGAUCCUAACACUUAUCUUUUUCAGAAGCUGAAGGCGACUCUUCGGGGCAAUCGCUUAACUUCAUGCUUAUUUAGUGGAUUUAAACUGGAAUCUAUUGUUUUCAAAUGACAAUGCGAGAGUACAAUAACCAUUUCCUUGAAAACCAUAUAUUGUGUGGUGAAUUGCGUUUGGCUGUGUUCAGAUAAAUGAAAGUUGCUUAUAAA